AUGCUGCUUCAAAAUAAAGAUACAGGCGCCUAUUUUUAUGCUGAUGCGCGUUCCAUCGAGUACAAGACGAGACAACCUCAUGAAGAUGGUUAUGAUUUGAAAAUAGAAUUUCCAAAUGGAAAUGCAACAUAUGCUGGAAGUUUAUCCUAUUUAGUAAAAGGAAUCACAUGGGCACCGAGUUAUGAUCUGUUUCUGACAAGCGGCAGCAAAGGUAAGUCACUGUACUUUGCAACACU